AUGGGUCUCAUGCUAGGUGAUUUUGUGGAUGAGUACACUGUCUGGGUCAUCAAUGUUUUCACGAUGCCGCAGAAUGGCACUGGUGUCAGCAUGGAGGCUGUUGAUCUAGUUUUCCAGACCAAGAUGAUGGAUAUGCUUAAACAAAUAGGAAGCACGUCCAUGACAAAUCCGAAGGGAUUGCUCGACUGGAACUGCUACAUAUCUGCUCGAUCAUUUCGAAUUCUUAGCGCCAGAGAAGAUCCAAACAAUCUUGUAGAUGCGAUUGCAGAUGUAGAUGUUGUCAGGCUUCACGUCCAGGUGAGCAAGGCUGUGCCGAGUGAAUGUGCUUCAAAGCGUUUAAGAGCUUAA